CUUGGCUUGUAUGGUGCUGUUACAUCCAGAGGGACUGUAAAGCUGAACUCCAUAAACUGGUAGACGUGAAAGGCCAAGAUCAUGAGUUUGUUUAAUCUCGACCGUUUUCGUUUUGAAAAGAAGACAAGAACUGAGGAACCAAAUGCUUCUUCUCCCAGCCUUCCCACAAGUGAGGAGGAUACUGCACUUCCUUCUGCUUCAAAGGAUACUGCACUUCCCUCUGCCUCAGAGCAUAUUGCACUUCCUUCUGCUUCAGAAGACAAUGAUGUUACUGUCGUCGACAAAGAGGAGGAGGAUGUAACUGAUCACAGUAGCAGGCCAGCCACUCCAGCAUCUGAUGUGUCAGAGAAAACUGAUGACUCCAGUGUUCCUGAAACCCCUGAAGCCAAGAGGACAACAAAACUGUCUCAUUUUAAGUAUCGUAAAGAUGUCAUUGAAUUGUCAUCAGACAGUGAAGAGGAGGCGCCACCCAAACUCUCCCUUGCAAAGCAGUUCCCUGCUCCCAAGAAGGAUGUGAUAGUAAUCUCUGAGCCUUCUGAUACUGAACAGUCUGAAGGCGAGCAAUCAAAAUGUAUAAAAAUAAAUGGUCCAUCUCAGUCUUCAAAGGCACUGGAGGAGGAGGAGGAGGAGGAAGAUCUGAAUGAGUGUAAACUUCAGACACUAAAGGAACUUUUUCCACAAAACAGUGACCAAGAGCUGUUACAACUGAUAACAUCAAACGAUACCAUGGAUGGAGCAAUAGCUGCUGGCCUCAAGUUGUUUGAAGAAGGUGGCUCUAGAAAGAGGAAACUUGAAGAAAGUGCCAAGGAUAAUGCUGCAGAAAUUGAGGACCAAAGUACAAAAAAGAAAAAACUGGAUCCUUUGGAAAAUCCUGAGAACCAGUGGGAAAAGCGUGAGAACUUGGUUAGCAAGCUGCACAAAGAAUUUCCCAGCUUGGAUAAAGAGGAGCUGAGAGAUGUGCUUCGGGAACACAACUGGAUAUUUCAGGAAGCUCUGGAAUCUUUAAAAGUAUUUAUGGAAGAUCAAGAGGAUACACAGUAUCCCUCCAAAAGUGAAGUUUCAAACGGAAAGGGGGUCCCAGCGGUUACCACCAGCUAUCACCAAAACAGCACCGACAUAAAGUUCAAACAGAAAACCUCCACAAAAUCUCAGAACGGUUUCAGGAAAAAGGACAGAAAGAGAAAAAUUUGGAGUACCAAAAAGGACUCGCAAGAUUCAGAAUGCGAGUCGGCUUCAGAAGCUGGGAGCUCCCUUGAUGAGGACUACGGCGGUGGGGAGGAAGUGAUGGAAGAUGGUUACAAAGCUAAAAUACUUAGCUUCUUGCAAGAUUCUUCCCUGGGCGAACUCACUUUGAUCCCACAGUGUUCCCAAAAAAAGGCUCAGAGGAUAAUAGAGCUCCGUCCCUUUAAUAGCUGGGAAGCUCUGUUUACAAAAAUGUGCAACACCAAGGGGCUGUCAGAAGAUAUUAUAUGGAACUGCAAAACACUACUAAGGGAGAGGGUAGUCGUGUUGAAACUUAUGAACAAAUGUGAAGAGAUCUCAAACAAACUGACCAAGCAAGUAACGAGGAUCACCGGAGACAGUGGCGGUGGAUGGAACAUAGAUCAGCCUUCCAUUUUGAAUACAAGCAUGGAGCUGAAGCCAUAUCAGAAGAUUGGCUUGAAUUGGCUAGCACUGUUACAUAAACAUUCACUAAAUGGUAUUCUAGCUGAUGAAAUGGGUUUAGGAAAAACGAUUCAAGCAAUUGCAUUCCUUGCUUAUCUUUACCAAGCGGGCAACGUAGGUCCGCAUUUGAUUGUCGUGCCAGCAUCAACAAUUGAUAACUGGGUAAGAGAAGUUAAUCUGUGGUGUCCUGAUCUCCAAAUCUUAUUUUAUUAUGGUUCUCAAGAAGAUAGAAAGCAUCUCCGAAUGGAUAUCCAUAAUAACGUCGUUGAUUUUAAUGUGAUCGUAACAACGUAUAACAGUGCAAUCAGCAGUCCAGAAGACCGCAGUCUGUUUCGCCGAAUGAAACUUCAUUAUGCGAUCUUCGAUGAAGGUCAUAUGUUAAAAAACAUGAGUUCUGUACGCUAUCAGCAUCUGAUGACAAUUAAUGCAAAGCAUCGUUUGCUGCUGACAGGAACUCCCGUUCAAAACAAUCUUCUAGAACUUAUGUCACUCUUGAAUUUUGUCAUGCCACAUAUGUUCAGUAGUAGCACCAGUGAAGUCAGGAGGAUGUUCUCUUCUAAACCGAAAGCAGCUGAGGAACACAAUGUAUAUGAAAAAGAGCGAAUUACACAUGCCAAGCAGAUAAUGAAACCAUUCAUCCUACGAAGAGUUAAAGAAGAGGUCCUUAAACAGCUACCGCCCAAAAAAGAUAUUGUCGAGUGGUGUGAAAUGUCUGAGAAACAGGAGCAGCUGUACAAGAAUCUCUUCAACAGCUUAAAAAGGUCUAUUGACAGUCAAGAAAAGAGUUCAGAAAUGGGCAACGUCAUGAUGCAGCUAAGAAAAAUGGCCAACCACCCACUUUUGCACCGCCAAUAUUAUACACCCGAAAAGCUUAAAGUGAUGUCACAACUCAUGCUCAAGGAACCUACACACUGUGAGGCAAAUCCUGAUCUUAUAUUUGAAGAUAUGUCUGUGAUGACAGAUUAUGAACUACAUUUGCUUUGUAAACAAUAUGUGAAUAUCAAUGACUUCAGACUAGACAUUGAUCUGAUUUUGGAUUCUGGAAAAUUUAGAAUACUGGGACAAAUGCUUUCAGACUUUAAAGAAAAGGGUGAUAGAGUGGUACUCUUUAGCCAGUUUACCAUGAUGCUGGACAUUCUAGAAGUUUUUCUAAAACAGAAGCAACUUCGAUAUCUGAGGCUUGAUGGAAAGACGCAGAUUUCUGACAGGAUACAUCUGAUUGACGAGUUCAAUUCAGAUAUGGGUAUCUUUGUCUUCUUGCUUUCAACUAAAGCUGGAGGACUAGGGAUUAAUCUGACUUCGGCCAAUGUGGUCAUUCUCCAUGACAUUGACUGCAACCCUUAUAAUGAUAAACAGGCAGAAGACAGAUGUCACAGAGUAGGUCAAACCAGAGAAGUGAAAGUUGUAAGACUCAUCAGUAAAGGGACAAUAGAGGAAUCCAUGCUCAGAAUCAGUCAGCAGAAGUUAAAACUAGAACAAGAUAUGACGGCAGCAGAUGCAGGAGAAGAAGGGGCCAUCCCAGCAGAUAUAGCAACAUUAUUAAAAACAUCGUUAGGUCUCUAAUAAUAUAAAGCUGAACGUUGUAGAUAUUUUUUUAAUUUGAGAAAAAAAUACAAUGUGGUGCUUCAAGAAGUUUUUAUGUUAUGACAAUACAUUUGUAUGGACAUUUAUAACUUUUUGUAAUUUCCUUGUUGUAUUGCUCAUGGCAUAGAAUCCCC